CGCCCAGCGUUCCCAGCGUCUCCCGCCCGUCUGAUUGGCCGCCCCCUUCCCGAAUCUCGCAUUCUCGCAUUCUCGCAUUCUCGCAUUCUCGAUGGCCUUAUGCAUGAGAUUCGAGUUUUCCCACUCUUCCAUUUGCCUUUUAGUCUUCCCCCUUCCCAUCCCACAUUCGCGUCCCAUCCCAAUCCCAUCCCAUCCCGUCCCAGAUCGUCACGAACCGACCGAAACCUCCCUCGUCUCCCUCGUCUCCUCUUCUCUCCUCUCCUCUCCUCUCCUCCCUCUCUCUUCCUCCCUCUCUUCUCCCUCCUCCUCCUGGUCCCUCUCCCGCCUUUCUUCUCUCUCUCUCUCUCUUCUCCGUACACAUACAGGCACAAGCAACGAAGACGCCUUUCACUUCUUUUCCUCCUAAUUGUUCAAUCCCCUUGUUCUUCUCUUCCCUACGACUCCCCCUUCUUUUCCAAUUCGGCCCACCCGCCCGCAAAUCCCGAUCAGCUAUUCUAGCUUCCAAUCCUCUCCCUCCUUCAGGCCUGCCAUCCCUACAAAUCAAUCAACCGCCGUCGUCAACAUCUUCCUCCCCACCUCCAACCCCCAAAUCUCCCUCUCUCCCACUGCUCAGAACCCUCCCCUCCUCCCCUCCCACCCCCCCACCGAUUUGCCUCCCGAAUCGCCCUUCUGGUUCUCCC